CGGCUCCGGGGCUGAGCGGCUCCUCCCCGUCCGGCUCCUCCCGCGGCGGCGCGGGAGCGCGGGGGACGGCGGAAGAUGGCGUGGGUGCUGAAGAUGGAUGAAGUGAUCGAGUCGGGACUGGUGCACGACUUCGACGCCAGCCUCUCCGGCAUCGGGCAGGAGCUGGGAGCUGGGGCCUACAGCAUGAGCGAUGUUUUGGCACUGCCUAUUUUCAAACAGGAAGAUUCCAGCCUUCCACAAGAAAAUGAGACCAAACAUCCACCCUUCCAGUAUGUUAUGUGUGCUGCAACAUCUCCAGCAGUAAAAUUAUAUGAUGAAACCCUUACAUACUUGAAUCAAGGUCAGUCCUAUGAAAUACGGAUGUUAGAUAAUCGGAAAGCUGGAGAUAUACCAGAGAUCAAUGGAAAACUGGUGAAGAGUAUUAUAAGAGUUGUGUUCCAUGACAGAAGGUUGCAGUAUACAGAACACCAGCAGCUAGAAGGCUGGAAGUGGAACCGCCCUGGGGACAGACUUCUUGACCUAGAUAUUCCAAUGUCUGUUGGAGUCAUUGAUAUCAAGACAAAUCCAAGCCAGCUCAAUGCAGUUGAAUUUUUGUGGGAUCCAACAAAAUGUACAUCUGCUUUUAUUCAGGUACAUUGUAUCAGCACUGAAUUUACCCCUCGUAAACAUGGAGGAGAGAAAGGAGUUCCUUUUAGGAUUCAGGUUGACACUUUUAAACAGACUGAAAAUGGAGAAUAUACAGAUCAUCUGCAUUCAGCCAGCUGUCAAAUCAAAGUUUUUAAGCCAAAAGGAGCAGACAGGAAACAGAAAACAGACAGAGAAAAGAUGGAAAAGAGAACUGCACAUGAAAAAGAAAAGUAUCAGCCUUCAUAUGACACCACAGUUCUUACAGAGAUGAGGCUUGAGCCUAUAAUUGAAGAUGCAGUUGAACAUGAGCAGAAAAAGUCCAGCAAGCGGACUUUGCCAGCAGACUACGGUGAUUCUCUGGCAAAGCGAGGCAGUUGUUCACCAUGGCCUGAUACUCCUACAACAUUUGUGAACAACAGUCCUACUCCUGCACCGACAUUUACCUCUGCUCAACAUAAUUCCUACAAUGUCCCAGACAGCAAUUCUUCCUCCCCAAAUCAUCAAGGAGAUGGAACUUCUCAAGGCUCUGGAGAUCAGCUUCAUCCUUCAGCCACAAUCCAGGAAACUCAGCAAUGGUUGCUCAAGCAUAGGUUCUCUACCUAUACAAGGCUUUUUUCGAAUUUCUCAGGUGCUGAUUUAUUAAAGCUGACAAGAGAAGAUCUGGUACAAAUCUGUGGUCCAGCUGAUGGAAUUCGGCUAUAUAAUGCACUGAAAUCCAGGUCUGUCAGGCCCCGGUUAACAAUCUAUGUCUGCCAGGAGCCACUGCAGAGCAUACAACUGGAACGACCAGAGGCAGGGAAUGGUGACAGCAGCAACGGUGCAAUAUACGUUUAUCAUGCAAUCUACUUAGAAGAAAUGGUAGCCUCCGAAGUCACCCGCAAGCUUGCUUUGGCAUUUAAUAUUCCUUUGCAUCAGAUCAACCAGGUUUACAGACAGGGUCCCACAGGUAUCCACAUUCUUGUUAGUGAUCAGAUGGUUCAAAAUUUCCAAGAUGAGAGUUGUUUCUUAUUCACCGCAAUAAAAGCUGAAAAUGGUGAAGGCUUCCAUAUAAUUCUGAAGUGAUGCCACACAACUGCUAGACUGAUACUCCAACGCAGAAUGAAGUCCUGCCUAUAAAGAUUAUGAAGAUCAUCCAAAACUUUAGGAUCUAGCUUCACUGUAUAAGAUGUUUCAUAUUGAAAACACAAAAUGACCUUUCUAAUGAGCUGUUUGAUAGGUGAACUUUCUUAUCACUGCCAUAGCUAAGUGUCCUCAUGAGAGGUAUAAUGCCAUGACAGCUUACGUACAGGCAUGGAAGGCAAUGUGAGCAAAGGUGCUUGCCCUUUACUGAAAUAAGGCAAAUUAUGGCCAGUAGAUACAGUUUCUAGAAGUGAAGCACUGCUGCUUUUCUGUGACCUGUAUCCAGUUGGAGAUGAAUGUAAACUUAUUUUGGGGCAUUUACCUUUCUGUGCCAGUUUGUCUGUUACUUGCUUGUACCUUAUGCUGGUUUUAUUUUUUUUUUGAUGUUAGCAGAGCACAUGUUAAUCUGUGUGGAGAUGAAUAGUUAAGCUGAUAGUGAUCAGGUUGUCGGGUCCUUGAGAGUACAGCUGUCAAAACAGCUUCCCGUGUAAAUUGUGUAUAAGAGUGUAUGUAAGAAGUGUAAAUGCCAGAACUGGGCUUUUAAGAAGCCCUAGACAGAUGCAAUAUAUGCAUGCAGCAAACUGCAUUAUCAAUAGUACCUUAUUGGAGGGGUUAAUAUAAAUCCUAUGGGGUACCAAGUAAUUGUGUUUUGCUUUAACAAACUUAAUGGAAGAGAAUUGCCUAUGCAUCUUUUAUGUUUAGUUUCCUAGGUUCUCUGCGGAGCACUGCUGCAGUUUAACUCUUUGCUUGUAAAAAGCAAAAAAAUUGUAAAAAUGGUGGGUUCAAGAAUACUUACUAGCAGUGAGAGGUGGAUUUUUUUACAACUUAGUGGAAUUAUGUCGAUGAGGGAAGAUGACCCACUGGCACCACAGGGCUGGCAUAGCUUUCAGCAACAUCAAAUAAAUCGCUUAAGAAACACUAAAUAUACACUAUUUAAGUCUCCUUCCCAGCAGGUAAAUGCUGUAGCUGCUGUUAUGGACAAGUAUCUUACCUUUUCUGUUGACCUUUCUUUGCCCUCCAAUCCAUACUGUACAGCUGUUACAGUGCCUCUUCCAUAUGAGAAAAUAUUUACUUCUUGAGAAACAGGCAAUCUGGUUUUUUUCAAUAUUUCGGGUAUUUCUUGCAAAGAGAUGGGCACAGCGUUUCCUACAUUGAUGUUAAGUUUCAACUGGUUAGGUACUUAGAGGGGACUGUUUCAAAAGGUUGUAAGUGACAGUGUCAGAGCUGUCAUUUUUGUGCCUUUGAAAAGUUCCACCCUGAUCUCUGGCUUAAAAGCUUGGGAAUCGUUUGCUUUUUAUGCUGCAGUGUUCAAUGUAAACAACUACUACAGCAUGAUUUAAAAAAAAAAAAAAAAAAAAAAAGAAAAAAAAGAAAAAAAAAAAAGGCAACUUUGAUUUUCUUGUCCCUCUUUCCUAACUGGCUAAAGUGCUUAGCAGAAAAGCUUCUUAAAGCUGUAGCAUUUUGAAACAUUAAAGUCAUCAAAGCUAGAGUUCCUUUCCUGUUUUUAUUUUUUCUGCACUGCAAGUAAAAUUUUAUGUACUUAAAACAUUUCUGCCUAUAAGUUGUCCAUCUUUGGGUAUUGUUUGGUCCUAGUAUUUUCUUGAGCUGACACUUGUGUCUUUUCAGCUCACACCAUAUCCAAAUUUAAAUGUUUUAUAAAAGUGGAAAAAUCCCUGAUUGGAAAGCGUCCAAGUAUCUAAUUUUAAAGCAUACUGAAAAGUUGUACAGUAGUUUGUCCAGCUCACUUGAAAUUGGAAUUAAAUUAUGGCACCAGCAAAUUGCUUUUGUUUUUUAAUAAGAUGUACACAUUUCAAUUUAAGUAUAAUAAAUGUUUUUCAAUAA